GCCCUGGAGGGCGAUGUUUGAACCAGUGAAAUACCUGCACUGUAUCGACCUCGCCUCGCUCCGGGAUAUAAAUUGCACAGCAGUCAACUGGACUUCCAUUCCAAGGCUCUGGAUCGCCAAGGUUCACACUGCGUCUUGACGAAGACCACCCUUGCCCUCCUCCCCAUCAGAGGGAGCAGCAUCUGCAGUUUAUGCCCGUGUAGUCAGCAGCGACUCCGAGCCGGUGGGGGAAGGAUCUCGACGAUUUCCGGGAUCGGACGGAAAAGCACGAGUUGGACCGGGGCCAGCUGGUGGACACCCUGACACCAGCGGAGAGAGCGCAUUGACAUUCCUACUGCCACUGUCGCUACUUGUGCUCCGCGACUACUCCUUCUCACAGCCGGAGCCCCGUCGCGGCCACCAUCCGCUCCCGUGUACAAGAUGAGGAGCCACCGGUUGCUCGCACUGACUGCAGUCCUCCUGAUUCUGACAGAAGUCUUUUGCGAAGAGAUUUCUCCAAAUGAAGACACAUCACAUUGGAUUGCCAACAAUCACAGCCAGGAGAAGCGACUGAAAGCGAACUCUGUCAGGGAACUCCUGCGCCGAAUGACCAGAAAACCGCGACCAGCGCAGUUCUAUGGCUUAAUGGGGAGGCGAUCACUAGGACAUAAGUUAGAGAGCUUUGUUGGACUCAUGGGAAAACGUUCAUCAGCGUCUGGUUCCCCUCCUGAGUGGGUUAUACAAGAUUUUAUCCAAAGGCAUUAAUAAAACACGAAAGAAUAAAAUUAAUUGGUUGACAGUUAUUUUAAUUUGCCUGCAGGUGUCAAUAAUAUUGUAUCCAUCACUGGUGUGAGUUACAGCAAAUAGUUGUUAUGUCUUCCCCAACAAAUGUCAUUUUAUUGCUAUAUUAAGAAAUAUGUAAUGUGAACAUUGAGAUGUUGUCAUGAAUAAAAGUGUAAUAAAAGGAUUUUGAUAACACUCAGACGUAUCAAUGGUAACCGGGGAAAUGAAUAGCCCCUUAAUUGAUGGGCUGUAAUUUUGUACUCUCCAUGAUGAAAUAGUCUUAUUCAUAAAAUGAUGUGCACCCAUAAGAUAAAACUUAAGUCAUUUCAUUUUUAACAUGCAUUGAUUGAUACAGAAACAAAACUGUUUUCAGUUUCAAUACAUAUCAUCAAAAUUUGUAUUUUAAUGUGACUUUAUUUUAAAAAUAAUAAAUGUAUUUAAUGCAA